GCCACAGCAACUUUAAUCUUUAGCAGCCACCACCUUGAUCAGUCAGCAGUGAUCAACACGGGGCAAGACCCUCUACCAGGAAGAAGAUUAUGACUCACCAAAGGCUCAGAUGAUGGUUAACAGAGACACUGUGGGCAGAUAAAUAUAACAUUUGAGAAAUGGAAAAAGAGAAAUCUUCAAAAAAAUGUUCCAGAUGUAGGAAAUGGAUUCGGAGAUGGCUGUGUGGAUGUGGGUGCAAUAUAGACACAGGAGCAGAACACGAACGACGUUGCCGUGUCAUCACAUUAACACCAGGAGAAGAAAGGGCUCAUUCAGAAAACACACACCCACAGUACCGAAGGAAGCAGAACCUGUGCUGGCCAUUCACCUCCAGGCGCAUGGCGCGACCAUUGAAAAUUACCCGCAGGAGGUCUGGAAAGGUUCACUUGUACCCUUCCAUCUCAUCUCUUGCUGUGGGUUCACCGGAAGCAAGGUCAUCAUUGGGUUCACCGAAGGCAAGAUGGUCAUCAUCGCACACUAUUUCUCCUACGUUUCAUGUCACUGGGGAUGAAAUUCCCAGUAGGAGCCUACCUCUCUACAUAUUAGAAGCCGAAGAUUAUCCACAGAGACAAGAAACAGGAGAUAUUUGCUCAGAAGAGAAGCCAAUAGUUUCUUCUUGUGCGGCUAAACUCGGUUUUGAGGUUGGACAAGGUUGUAAAAAUGAUCAGUUUCUUGAACCUGGAGGAAAUGUGGAGUUUGAGUUCGUUAAUGAGAGUGCGGACAGAUACAGGGCCUACUUCCCCACUGCUGGCUCUUAUCUGUGGUCAGCCGUGGGCAUUGGUUUUGUGGUAGCAAUGGAAGUGACUGUGAGGAUUGCAUUUGAUUCCUGGGAUCAGCACCUGGACCCCGUCCAGCAGCACCAUGAACAGUGGCUGGUGGCCGGCCCCUUAUUUGACAUCACCACAGAGCCUGAGGGGGCUGUCACCGAAAUCCACCUCCCCCACUUCAUCUCCCUGCAAGCCGGCGAGGUCGACGUCUCCUGGUUCCUUGUUGCUCAUUUUAAGGAUGAAGGGAUGGUCCUGGAGCAGCCAGCCCGGGUGGAGCCUUUCUAUGCUGUCCUGAAAAACCCCAGCUUCUCCCUGAUGGGGAUCCUGCUGAGGAUCGCCCAAGGGACCCACCUCUCUGUCCCCAUUACUUGUAACACGCUGGUCUAUUAUCACUACCACCCCGAAGAUAUUAAAUUCCACUUGUACCUUGUCCCCAGCGACCCCGUGAUGAGGAAGAUGAUAGAUAAUGAAGAAGAACACUUCCAAGGUAUGCGUCUGCAGACUUCACCCCCAGUGGAACCCCUGUACUUUGGUUCCUAUUAUAUUGUGUCUGGUCCUGCUCACCUGGAAAUAAUUCCCAAGAAGUUGAAAUUGUCCUAUAGGAGCCCCAGAGAAAUCCAGCCCUUCUCUAAAUUCUAUGCUGGGCAGAUGAAGGAACCAAUUCAACUUGAAAUUACUGAUGAAAGACAGAAGUCUUUGGUUUGGAACACUGUGGUGAAGCCAGCGGAUCUCCAGCGUGGAACUACAGCAGCCUCUCCUGCUUUCUCAGGUGCAGCCUUUGUGAAAAAGCACCACAGGCACCUGCAAGCCAGGAUGGGGGACCUGAAUGGGGUGCUUGAUGAUCUACAGGACUUUGAGGUACUCACUGAGGAUGAGAAGGAGCUGGUGGAGCAGGAAAAGACACGGCAGAGGAAGAACGAGACCCUGCUGAGGAUGGUGAAGAACAAAGGGGACUCAGCUCUAGAGUUGCUUUUCAAAAGUGUUUAUAGAAGGGACCCUUACCUUGUAUCCUAUCUUAGACAGCAGAGUUUGUACAAUGACUCAGACAGAUAAUCUAGUGUUAUCAUUAGAAAUAGGUAAGUGGGAAUAUGAUUGAUUCCAGGGUUCAAGACACAGCCGGUUGGGUAAUGUCGACCCAUUGCUUUUGGAUAAACAUGUAACCCAUUGACUGUAUCCUAAUGCUUUUACCCCCGCCCUAUCUGAGAGUAGAAAUAUUCAUUUUAAAUGUUUUCUAACUAAGGUUAAAAAAAAUAACUAUUUUAUCCAUUGACACAUUUCUUGAAGGGCCAGGGCAAAGGAAGUUAAGACAGAUGUAUUUAUGAAUGACAGGGCCUGGAAAAGCAACUUUUUCUGAUAAACAUGGAGAAUGAUUUUCAUGGACCCCUCAUUUGAAGUGUUGCCUUCUCACAAAUAAAAGCAGGAAGGCUAACAAGGACUCUAAAUUGAAGACACCCACGGCAUUCAUUAAUGGUUGUGCUUUUUCAUAUGCUGUGCUUUGAAGAUUUUGUUCAUUGCUAUUAUUACUAGAAUAAUGGAAAUAUGUUUGGUGAAAGAGCAUGCAAAAAUGGGAGAAAAUGCAAACAUGAGCAGAAAACUUUUUGUCACUGGUAACAGAUUGGUACAAGGAAUUAUUGGGUCAUAUUUUCAUGGAUAGGUCCAUGGAACACAGAGAUGGAAAGUGAAUUCUACAGAAUAAUCAGGAGAAGAAUGAGGACUAUCCAGGUUGUUCUGAGAUAGGCCUUCCGAGCAUUGUGCCUCACAAAAAUAAGUUAAGCCUGACAUUCGGAUUCUACACUGACCCUAUCAUUUUGUAUAGCUACAUUUUGAUUAAUGUUUGUAUGGUACAUGUUUCCAUCCUUUUACUUUUAAUCUGCUUAAAACAUUUAUUUGAUGUGCGUUACUAGUAGAAACAGCAUAUAGUUGAGUCGGUUGCUUUUUAAAAAAAAUUUUGAUUUGUUUUGAACCCAUUCUGAUAAUCUCUGCCUUUCAAUUUCAAUCACUUACAUUUAGUCUAGUUAUUAGUAUCUUAGGAUAUAUAUGAGGCCAGUCAUUUUAUUUUUUGUUUUCUAUUAUCCUAGUACCAAAAUGUUAUCACUUAAGGUGGGAUCUAGGUAGCUUACCACCAUUUAGAUCCUAUUACCUUUUCUCCUCAAUGGCAGGUGUCUUCUGUAUUAUCUCUCUCUAUUAAAA